AUGGCAUCGAGCGCGAUCCAGCCAGCACUCCAACAGCGGUUCAUACCCAAAACCUUGCUUCCUCUCCUGUCAACUUCUCUUAACGUUGGCAUGGCUCUCGGCGGCUAUAUCACCACAAUCCCGUUCUAUAACACCGACUAUUCCGGACCGGCUAUUGCUCUUUGGUUCAAGGACUUUUUUAAGCCCGGGUUCGUCGGGGUGACUACACUUGGCGCGCUUACACUUGGUAGCGGCCUCAGAGCAUUUUGGUUCCACUAUCACGGCGCAGAACAGAAGCAGCCCAACCCGGUCUCUCGAUGGAUUUUAGCUGGCCUUUUCUUCACACUUUUGCACUUUGGGUUCGGCAACAAGGUGCUCUCAAUUAUGGACCAAAUUCUAUCCGAACCAGAACUUGCACAGCUCCAGAUGUCAAAGUGGAUUAGCAUGCAUGUUACACGGACGUUAAUUACUGAUGUCCCAGCUUGGAUCUGUUUUAUUGUCGCCUUGUUGUAUGAAAUAUGA